UGAAAAAACCAACCCUAAACUCCUUGUUCUCUUGCUUUAAAGGUAGCCUCGAUUAUUACUGACUUAAGCAUCGGAGUGUCUUCCCCGAGAUCCAUCUCGGGGCUUUGCAGGUCAAUCCGGAGUGCAGAUCUGAAGUGAAGAAGGACGUUGGGUUUGGUGCAGUUACACUAUGCAUCCUCAAUUUGUUGCUCAAGAGUUUCAAAAGCUUCGACAUUUUAGCCACCAUCAUCCAUUGAUACUGGUUGAAGAUAUUGAAUUUCAAUCCAAAGGACAAGUCUGCUCAGGAUGUAGGGAACCCAUGUACAAGUCAAGUGCAUUCUACUGUUGUCUUAAUUGCGUAUUUCACCUUCAUAAGAAAUGUGCAGAGUUGCCUCUUAAGAUCAAUCACUCUGCCGACCGGAAACACCCUCUCCUGCUUUUGGACAAACCCUCACCACAUCAAGAGAAAUGUUCUUGUCAUUUGUGCACCAAGUCUUAUAAGGGAUUUGUUUAUUAUUGUUCUCUUUGUGAGUUUGGCUUCAAAGCUGCGGAUGCCUUUUUACAAACAAUUACAGCCGAAGUUCAUGAACAUUCGUUGACCCCCUUUUCAGGCACAAUUUCAUUCGUUUGUAAUGCAUGUGGAACUGAUGGAAAUCAUGUUUGCUUUAUCUGUGUUGAAUGCAACCUUAUUUUUCAUUCAGAUUGUACUUCACUUCGCCGCACCAUCAAAAUAAUAAGGCAUCCACAUCGACUUUCUCACGUCUAUUUCUUUCAAGAUAAGGAAGCUGCAAUACGUGAAUGCAAUAUCUGUCAUGAUGACAUAAAUCUGGGAUAUGGGAGUUACUGCUGUUCAGAUUGCAACUAUUUUGCCCAUGUAAAUUGUGCAAUUGAUGAAGAUCUUUUGGAAGAUGAAAAGUCCGAAUCAUCAGAUGACUGGACUGCUAUCUUUCCUGCUUUUCAGGAAGUCAAACCUGGAGAGAUAAAGCAUUUCAGCCAUGAACACAACUUAAUAUUGGGUGAUGUGGUUGAGGAUGGCCGAAGUUGUGAAGAAGGACAGGAGCACUUCCUUUUCUUUGACCACAAAUACGAAGGGAAAUGUUAUGGACCUUAUGGUUGUGAUGAUUAUUGUACUCGACGCGGUUUUAGAUGCAAGGACAAGAAAUGCAGUUUUACAUUGGAUUAUAGAUGCCUUGUGCUACCAAAAACAGCUCGGUACAAACAUGACGAUGAUGCUCUCAAGCUUACUUAUCGUGAUGGUCAUGAUCUAAGUCAAUGUUAUUGUGACAUAUGUGAAGAAACCAGAGAUCCAAAGUGGUGGUUUUAUCAUUGUGCCCAUUGCGAUGUUUCUGCUCAUCUUAAUUGUGUGCUUUGGAAAUCCCCAUUUGUCAAGCUCGGGAAACCAUUCCGGACUGAUGAUCACGAACACUCUGUCACUUUGGUGAAGAUAGAUUUUUAUCCUCCUAAAUGCAACAAGUGUGGUAAGCCUUGUAGAGAUGAUCUAUCCAUUCGAUGCACAGAGCCAGAUUGCACCUACAUAUUCCAUUGGAACUGCUACCGGGACCGUAAUGGUUCUUGGGCUUGGCCUCUUCGACAUAGAGACUAAAGAGCUAACAUUGGUAUUCUUCUUAUGAUAUUAAUUAUGUCUCUUAUGAAGGUAGACGAAAAUGAGAUAUCUCAUUUGCACUUUAUUUUGUUUUCGACUGAUUUUUUAAGUUUAGUUUGAUCUUCUAGCUGUUUGUUGAUGCGGUCGGACUGUAACUUUG